GACAGACUGUGUGUGCCGACUCCCAGCCUAGACCGCUGCCCUGCCUCUGACUCUUGGGGGCAGGUGUGUGUGACACUGUGUGUGUGACAGCGUGUGGGUGUGUGAUUCUCUGCAGCGUCUGGACAGGUUUCUUUUACCCGUUAUUGGUUUUAUACACAAACACCGCCAUCAUGUUGUGGACAGCGAGUCAAGCCUUACGGAGGUUCUCCACGUCGUCGCAUUACUACCAGAAUAAGCUCAAACUAGCUAUAAUUGGCCAGAGCCAGUUCGGCCAGGAGGUGUACAGCAACCUGAGGAAGCAGGGUCACAGAGUGGUGGGUGUCUUCACUGUGCCGGACAAGGAUGGCAAGGCUGAUCCCUUAGCGGUGGCGGCAGAAAAAGACGGGACGCCGGUGUUCAAGUUCCCGCGGUGGCGAGUCAAGGGGAAAGCCAUCCCAGAGGUGGUGGAGGCCUACAAGGCGGUGGGCGCCGAGCUCAACGUCAUGCCUUUCUGCUCCCAAUUUAUUCCCAUGAAUGUCAUCGACAAUCCCAAGCACGGCUCCAUCAUCUACCACCCCUCCAUCCUGCCCCUGCACAGAGGAGCCUCGGCCAUCAACUGGACCCUCAUACAAGGCGAUAAGAAAGCUGGUUUCACUGUGUUCUGGGCCGACGAUGGAUUGGACACUGGACCUAUCCUGCUGCAGGAGGAGUGUGCAGUCGAGCCAAAUGACACCGUGGACACACUAUACAACCGUUUCCUCUACCCAGAUGGGAUCAAGGCUAUGGUGAAGUCGGUUCAGCUCAUCGCUGAUGGAAAGGCCCCUCGAGUUCCCCAGACAGAGGAAGGAGCCAGCUACGAAGGCAUUCAGAAGAAGUCAAAUUCCAAGGUCAACCUGGCCCAGCCAGCUGAGGCCAUCCACAACUGGAUCCGUGGACAUGACAAAGUCCCUGGUGCCUGGACUCUCAUUGGUGGUCAGUCUGUGACCCUGUAUGGCUCGUCUAUGUUAGGGGGGGCGGUACCAGCUGGUCAGCCCCUGGAGAUCGAUGGAGCAUCUCAGCCUGGCCUGGUCACCAAGAACGGGCUUGUCCUACAUGGAACUGAUGGGAAAGCUCUCCUGGUAAGGAGCCUGCAGUUUGAAGAUGGGAAGAUGAUCCAUGCGUCCAAAUACUUCUCUUCUGGAGACAGUGCCAGUGUGGAGCUGACUGAUGAUGAGAGGAAGAUGGCAGAGGAGAUCAAGAACAUCUGGAAGGGUAUCCUCAGCAACGUCUCAGCCAUCGAGGACACCACAGACUUCUUCAAGUGUGGAGCUGCCUCAAUGGAUGUGGUCAGGCUGGUGGAGGAGGUGAAGCAGAAAUGUUCUGGUGUGCAGCUGCAGAGCGAGGAUGUGUACAUGGCCUCUACCUUCCAGGACUUCAUCCAGAUGUUUGUCCGCAAGCUGAGAGGAGAGGACCAGGAGGAAGAACUGAUUAUCGACUAUGAAACUAAGGACGUGAACAACAUGACAGUGAAGAUGCCGCACCAGUGCUUUAUCAACGGCAAGUUUGAAGAUGCAGAAAACGGGAAGUCCUACAAUACCAUCAAUCCUACGGACGGAUCUGUGAUCUGUAAAGUGUCUUACGCCUCAGUGGGGGAUGUGGAUCGGGCAGUGGUGGCAGCGAAAGAAGCAUUUGAAAAGGGACCUUGGGGCAGGAUGAACCCCAGAGAUAGAGGAAUGAUGCUUUACAAGCUUGCAGACUUGAUGGAGGAACACCAGGAGGAGCUGGCCACCAUCGAGUCCAUCGACUCAGGGGCUGUGUACACACUGGCCCUCAAGACCCAUGUCGGCAUGUCCAUACAGACCUUCCGCUACUUUGCCGGCUGGUGCGACAAGAUCCAGGGCAAGACGAUCCCCAUCAACCAGGCCAGGCCCAACCGCAAUCUGACCUUCACCAAGAAAGAACCUCUUGGUGUGUGUGCCAUUGUCAUCCCAUGGAACUACCCUCUGAUGAUGUUGGCGUGGAAGAGUGCAGCCUGCCUCGCAGCUGGAAACACACUCGUGCUUAAACCGGCACAGGUCACUCCACUGACAGCACUGAAGUUUGCUGAGCUGUCAGUUAAAGCUGGAAUUCCUAAAGGAGUCAUCAACAUUUUGCCAGGCUCAGGUGGCAUGGUGGGACAGCGUCUGUCCGAUCACCCAGACAUCCGCAAGCUGGGCUUCACCGGCUCCACACCUAUUGGCAAACAGAUCAUGAAGAGCUGUGCUCUAAGUAAUCUGAAGAAGGUUUCACUGGAGCUGGGAGGGAAGUCGCCGCUCAUCAUCUUCAGUGACUGUGACAUGGACAAGGCUGUUCGCAUGGGAAUGAGCUCUGUGUAUUUCAACAAAGGUGAGAACUGCAUUGCCGCUGGACGUCUGUUUGUGGAGGAGUCCAUACACGAUGAGUACAUCAGCCGAGUGGUGGCGGAGAUCAAGAAGAUGAAGAUUGGAGACCCUCUGGAUCGCUCUACAGACCACGGCCCACAGAAUCACAAGGCCCACCUGGACAAGCUGCUGGAGUACUGCGACAUUGGAGUGAAGGAGGGGGCCACGCUGGUGUACGGAGGCAGACAGGUGGACAGACCAGGUUUUUUCAUGGAGCCCACAUUGUUCACUGACGUGGAGGACCACAUGUUCAUGGCCAAAGAGGAGUCCUUUGGCCCCGUCAUGGUGGUGUCCAAAUUCAAAGAUGGCGACGUGGAUGGCGUGCUGCAGAGAGCCAACGACACGGAGUAUGGCCUGGCAUCCGGCGUGUUCACCCGUGACAUCAACAAGGCCAUGUACGUGAGCGAGCGGCUGGACGCUGGAACAGUAUUCGUCAACACCUACAACAAGACCGAUGUGGCUUCACCUUUUGGAGGCUUCAAGCAGUCCGGUUUCGGCAAAGACCUCGGAGAAGACGCUCUCUUGGAAUACCUCAAGACCAAAGCAAUAACUGUGGAGUAUUAAGCUUCUCCCAGAGAACUCUGACUCACAUCUGUGGAGGAAGGGACUCACUGGUCUGCUUCACUUAGACAUCCAGCGUCAUUCAGUAUUGCUUCUGGACAUUAUGUGUGCGUGUGUGUUUGAGGGUGUGCUGUGCGAGUGAAAGGAGUGCAUGGACAGUUUGGACAAUGUGCCUGUCUGUCCUAAGCUGUCUUUGGGAAAUUCACAUUACGGAUGAUGGACAUGCCAGGAUAUAUCCACAUAAGAACCCUAAAAGCCUGAGCUGGACGCUGUGUCACAGAGCUGAGGAGCCUCUGAUUAUACCGCCAACUUUUAGUGUGUUUCAUUUCAAAACACACUCACACAUGUCCACCUGAAAUCUAUUUUCAAACACUAGCAACAGCUCUUUAUAGAAUUUGAAAAAUCUCUCAUUUUACGCUUUGGAGUACCUUUGUAACUCCUUUGAAACAAACAUGGAUCAUGAUCAUGACGUAUCUGACCAUGAAUGUCGUCAUGCUCACACAGGACUUCAGUGGCAAACUACUUAACCAUAGAAAAAUAAACCAAAUAGGAACUCAGAAGUGAAGUUUCUAUCAUAAAACUACCAGUGCUUUGGACAGAAAAGGUCCUCCGCAGUGGGAAGGCAAGGCUCAAGCUAAAGCUGAAUCCAUGAUUCACCAAUGUUGACUGUUAAAAGAAAAUCAUCUUGGCUCCGAGUUGACUUAUUAGCUUUUUGUUUUCAAAGCUUUGAACUCAUAAUUAAUCAUCAGUUAAUUGUUAAAUGUGACCAAGCGUUUGUUAAAGAGCCAGUAAGUGGACUUUGAGCUAGGAGUAAAUUCAAAACCAGGUUGAACUACAGUUUCUACACCUGUGAUCACAUAACAACCCCGACAUGCUGGAGAACCUUUCACGUUUUUUGGAUCUUCUACUCCUACUAUAUCUGUAACAAGAUUCUUAUCAGUUUUUUAAAGAUAUAUAUGUAAAAUAGAUCUCCCUAACUUCCCAUAUUUUUAAUGUGGUAAUUUGACUGAGGCCCAGAAAUCACUAAAUCUGUCUCACUCUGGUUACUUUUAAUCAUUAGGCCAUGUUUGUAUAGAUUAGUCAAUUGCAUGUGUGACCUCCAGGAUGCUAGCAUAUCACAACGACAGUCGAACUACUAAAAACAUGUGCCCGUCCGUCUCUCUCCCUCUGUGUGAUGGACUAUAUACAGAUAUUUUCUGAUUUUGUUAUCGUCCUCACAUGCAAAAGACUUGUUGCACUUAUAGCAACAAGCAUCGACAACUCCAAUGAAGUAUAACAAUGCUUUGUAAAGGUGCAAUCUCUCUAUGUUAAUGUUGCACAGUACUGCAGUGUAUGGGAGACAGUCUACCCUCUGGAUUGAGAGUAACGCAUCAUCGAAAAAUAUCUUCUCCCAUAACGCGUAUAAUAUAUAUGCAGCAAUGACGAAUAGGAAAUAUGUUUUAAUUAAUUUUCCAGUUUAUAAGCUGAUCAAAUUGGAGCUAACUGGUCCUUUAGAAUUUAGCAGUGGGACCCGUUUAACACCUUGGUUCAGUUAGGCUAACCCUCUACUCUGCUUCCCUGUAGUGAGGGUCAGGUCUUUAAAGUGACAAAUAACCAUUUCCAAAGCGAAUAUAAUCUAACACUUACACACUAUGAAUGAUGUAAGUGAUUUUUGGCAUUGUGAUAUGACUCACUGAACAAAGUCUUAAUGAGUUUAAACUGACUUCAGAAGAGAAGCUAUUUUUUAGACUGAUUUGCUACCCUGUUGUUAUGUUUGCCCACAGUUUAGUUUACCUUUUAAGUGAGGACUUCUCCAAAGUUCUGUUAUAGGUAAUCUUUAUUUCUUGUCUCAACUUUGCUCCCAGGGGUAUUUGGAUCUGCAAAUGUAAUUUCCAUUGCAAAAAUGCAUGUACAGACAAAUCUGUAUGGUGUUAAAACACUGACUUGUCCUUACAUUAAGCUCCUGUCAGAUGUUUUGCACUUAAUCUCUGCCACUUGUUUACACCGUGUCCUUGCAGCUGUCAAUUUCCACAUCCUUAACUUUCCACAUUAAUUUCUUCCAUUUGUCAAAUUUGAUGUUUUGUAAAUAUUUUUUAACAAGCAAAAAGGAAAAAUAAAUAUCAGAUAUAUUUUUGACAUUGUAUUUGUCAGACAGAGGAACACUAUAUGUUUUAACACUAAAUUAUAUUCACUAAAGACCUAGAUGUUUCUAUGCAUCUCAAUUUGAAGUUUUCUCUUUGUCAUAUUUUGUUCGUGAAGGCAGCAAGGGCAACAGGAGCAAGUGUUUUCUUUCUCUCUCUUAUCCCUAAUAAAUAGUCCACUUUCAGCCGGUGAUGACACACAAUGUUAAAUAAAGGUCAAUUUGAAUUUUC